AUGCUGGAGGAUUCUGCAAUUCCGAGCAUGUUUCGUGUUCAUUUUCGUGAUUUAACGGUCAACGUAGGAAUGCAUGACCGCCUGGACGCGUCACAUUCCGUAUUUCGUGUGGUGAACGGUGUGAAACAUCCAAGUUUUACGUCAAACGCAGUUAGAGACAUUAAUGAUAUCGCCAUCUUAACACUGGACAAUCGAUUAAAAUUCUCCGAUAAGGUGCGGCCAAUUUGCUUACCAAGCGAAGAUAUGAAUUUCCACGACUUAGCACUAGCUGUGGCUGGAUGGGGAAAAACAAGACAGGGAGCUCUUACAUCUUCACGUUACUUGCAAGAAACCAGAGUCAAGAUAGUCGACGCUGACCAGUGUAUUAAAACGUCUAUUUACAAAGAAAAUCUUGUACCCGAUAGUAUGAUGUGUGCCUACAAUCUUGGAAAAGACGCUUGCCAGGUAGAUGAUUAG